CCCCGCCUUCCCGGACGUCUGUCUGUCCGCCUGCCCCUCCGCCUCUCUCUCCAUCACAGCCAUCCCUCCUCCUUGCGUAGCCCUGCAUCUUCCUGCCAGACCGAGCAUCUCUCUCUGUCUCUGCAGCCCUCCCCCCUCUGUUCCCAUAUCUCGUUCGUCUGCCCCUUACCCUCUCUCCCCCUUCCUCUUCCAUCUCUCCCUCCAUCCGUCUGAUCGUCAGUCCGUCCCUGCUGACUCUGGCCUUGAUUCUGGUGAGUGUCUGCUUGUUUGUGCUUCGUUUUGUUAUUCUGGCCUUAUUCUCUGUUCAUUGUCCCUGUGCGCUGAGGAGAGCUCGCUCCUAUUCAAUCCAUCCCUCUCUCCAUCCCUCACCCCUACUCCCCCAAGGACGUACACCCUAGUUGCUCUGUCUGACCACCCUGUCAGCACAAUGGUGGGGUGGGGAUGUUUCUGGUGCUCCCCACCCUGUCACCCCAGAGUGAGAAGGGGGGAAAUUGAGGCAAAUGCGUCUGAACCAGAGAGAUCUAUGUGGAUGGGUCUGGAGUGGAGGGUGGUCCCUUUCACCUCCUGGCACUUGGCUGGAAGACAGCCAGAUAUGACUUGAACUACACCCUCCCCCUCAUGCCUUUCUGGGAUUUGCUCUGCAAUCAUGUCCUGGCCUCAUUUCUCUCUCCAUCAUGUUCCUCUUAUUACCUAGACUUUCAACCUGCCCUCACAAGCUACUCCAUCAACAUAUCCUCAUGUGUGCGGUCUCCUGUGCAGCUACAUUGACACAAUACUCAACAGGAUCCUUUUUCCUGGGGAAGUGGCUCUGCAUACCCCUGUACCCAGUAUCUCUGUGCAGUGCUGUUGUAGAUGUUGCUAUCCAGGAUUAUGUGGCUGAUGUGGCUGCCGAACUUAUCUACCAGAAUAAGAGUCAGACCUCCACGGAAGUCCUCUUCGUCUUCCCCCUGGGCCCUCACAUGGCCAUCUACUCCUUCCAGGCCCGCAGUGAGGAUGCCAAGGUCCACGCUGUGCUGCAAGAUGAGCUUUCUGUCCCUCCCUGUCCCUCCCAGGUCCAGCAGCCGCACGAGGCUACAGGGGGCUGGGAGAAUCUGGAAUACCUUCGGGAUCAGUCUGAGUAUCCAGGGGAGGCAUUUGCCUGCUUCCUGGGCACCCUGUCCCCUGGCAGGGAGGUGGUCGUGACCUUGCGCUACGUCCAAGAGCUGCCAUGGGAGCCAGAUGGAGCAGCCCGUUUUGUGCUGUCACCCACACUGAAUCCCUACAGAACACACUAUGUCUGGAAUUGUCGCACUAGCAAGCUGCACUACAGCCUGCUGCUCACCGCUAGCCUACAGUCACCCCGUGGAGUGGUCAAUGUCCAGGCCAACUUUGCCCUCACCCCUUUGAUCUACACUGCCCAGGACCACAGCACUGCACAGGCACCCCUUCUCCAGGUCUCACUGGCUGGCAGCCCCCAACGUCAUCAUGAUUUGGAGCUGCUGGUAUAUUAUGGAGACCCCUCUGCAGUCAGUGCUGUGGUGGAGAAGGGAGACCCUGAGGCCCCUCCAGGCUCCCUCCUUGGUGACCCCAUGGUGUUGGUGACGCUGGCACCCAGCAUCCCUGAGGCAGUGCCUGGGCAGCGCCAGUCUGGAGAGUUCAUCUUCCUCCUGAACACCACAUUCCUCGAGCAUGCACAGGACUCCCUGCUCUUCCUUCUCAAAAGCCUGCCCCUGGGCUGCUACUUCAACAUCUACUGCUAUGAAGAAACCUCUGUGGGCAUCUACUCGCAAAGUGUCGAAUAUACUCAGGACAACCUGACCGAGGCCAUGCGGCGCAUCCCCUCCACCGGCUCCAGUCUGGGUGACUCCAAUCUGCUGGAAACCCUCCGCUCAGUCUACAAUACCCCUCGUCCCCACCGCCAUCCACGACAGGUCUGGGUACAGGGGCAUGGAGGGGUGGAGGGACAGGUGUCCAAGGGGAGAGAGAGAGGACACAGGAGUGUGGGUGGAAGGAACCACCCAAAGUACACGGUGGUCACAAGGGAACAAGGAUGGUACUGUGGGUCGGGGAGGGGGGAAUGGAGAGGUGGGUCUGUAUCUUUGGGGGUUUCUGCCCCUGAGUGGAUAUCUCUCCCUAGGGUACUCUCUCUACAGAGGGUCUCUCUGCUGGACCCCUCUCUCCAUUUCAGGGGCCUGCUCUCCCCAUUUGGGGGUCACUGUGCCAGACCCCCACCACUCAUGUCCCCUGUCUCUCAGCUCUUCAUCUUUAUGGCUGGGCUACCCCCUGAUGUGGAAGCCAUUGCAGCUGAGGUCUGCCGUCACCGCAACAGCCACCGGUGUUUCUCCUUCUGCUUCUCUGAGGACAGCGCUGCCCUGGCUAUGGCCCUGGCCAAGGAGACAGGGGGUGAAGCUGCCUACGUCUCCUCUGACAGCAGUAUGAGCCUUGUGGUGCUGAAGUGCCUGAAGCAGGCCCUCAAGCCAGCAGCUGAGGGAGUCUCUCUGAGCUGGACCCUGCCCCGCGGCCUGGAGGUUGAGGUGCUGGGGGGCACUCCUCAGUCCAUCUUCCAGGGUCAACACAACCUCCUCUAUGCCCAGAUCCAUGGACAGGCACAGGAUACAACAGUGGCCAAAGGGGUCAUGACCUUGCAGUACAGCCUGGAUGGCCAAGAUGUCACUUACACCAUUGAAUUCCCCCUGUGCCCACAGGGAGAUGGCCGGCUGGCUGGGCAUCGUCUGGCUGCGAGGUGCUUGAUGAAGAGGUUGUUGCCAGAGUCUGUGAGUGGGUCAGGGGAGGAACCAAGACAUCGCGCAGUUGAGAUCAGCCUCACUUCGGGGAUCAUCUGCCCCUUUACCAGCUAUGUGGGGGUUCGCACACCACAGAGGGUCACCUGGUACCAAAGGCCCCUGGCACUGUUGCCUCCCCGCCAGUCACUCAUCCCCUGCCAGAUCGUUGAACUUCGUGGCUCCAGGAUCUCUUCCUGCUAUCCUAAGAGCAUCUGGGUCCCACCUGGCUGGCUGACAGCGGUGCGUGCAUCAUGGCUUGCCCUCCGUCAACUUACCCAUGACAUUGCUGCCCUGCCCCAGAGGGGAGCUUGCUCAAAAGCAUGUAAACCACCACCACCACUUUUUUCUUCUCUCAAGUAUGUGGAUCGCAUGGAAUUUGGUUUGUGCUCUUCAAUUUUGUGGCGAUGGUGCCCUGAAGCCGCUGCCAAGUGUCAGGAGCUGGUGGCCCUGCAGAAUGCAGAUGGCUCCUGGGCCCUCAGCUCAGGACUGGCCUCUGUGCUAGAAGUUGAUGAGGAUGAAAUCAAGGGAAAGAUGCCUGAUGAGGUCAUGGAGCCAAGCAUCUGGGCCACAGUGCUGGCUGUGACCUGGGUACACAGACAUGACGAGUAUUACCAAGACCUCUGUGAGCUGCUGGAGGCCAAGGCUGUGACCUGGCUGUGCAGCCAAGCUGUGUCUCAGCUGGACAAGUGCCUGGAGACAGCCAACACCCUCCUUGGGAGCAGCGUGAAGCCAAGUGUUUUCAGGCUCUGAGCUCAACACGUGCCUGUGCUACAGAUCAGCAGCACCUGCAGAGAUAAAAAGGGCCAGAAAGUAUAGCCUAAAUUCACCUACCAUGCUGGGAUACCACUAUUGCUACCAGCUGCGAUCUUACAUUACAGAUGAAUUCUCACUGCUUAUGUCUUAUACCAGUUGGGCUGAACCUGUAGCAUGCCGAACUCCUCAAGAGAAAGCCUCUAGUUCAGAGCCUCCAGCGUGUUUGGUUUGGAUGGAGGUGGGAGUGGGAAGGAAGCAUCACAUUCUCCAGUGGUUGCGCUUCCUGCAUUUGGCUUUGGCAAAAUGGGCUACUGGCCUCCACAAAGGUGGUGCUUAGGGAGAUGGUUUAGUGGUGGUUUUGGUAGUGUUAGGUUAACAAUUGGACUUGAUGGUCUGCAGGGUCUUUUCCAAUGCAAAUUAUUAUAUGAUUCUAUGGUUUCUGUCCUGACGAGAGACUGCUGUGCACACCAGAAGAGUGUUUAGAGGUGUCAACGGCAGUGGCUCCCAAUGAAGGACUCCUGCUGCACCCCACUCACCGAACUCUUCCCUUUACCCCAUAAGAUCAGGCUGUGUCAGGAACUCCCGUAUCUGCGUUGCCACGUAAAACAAUCAUUUUGGAAGUAAAACUCUCAUCCGCAUCAGUCCCAGCCCAUCACAAUGUCCAAGAGAACUCAUGUGGGGCGAGAUUGAUUUGAAAACUAGUAGUAUGUUGGAGGUGGAACAGCAGGAGGUUUUGAUUAGCAAACCAAUCAUGCAAUGUACCACCUCCUGCCCCAGCACCCUUCAUUCAUGGGUCUCAUGCCGUGUUGGCAAAGUCUCUGAUUCAUUUUCCAAUAAACAGUGAA